AUGGCUUCCGAAUCCCCGCAGUACGAAGAUAACAAUAAUCAAUCGCCUCUUCAGCAAAACCAGCAGCAGCAGCAUCAACCGAUUAUCUCUGCCAUGGCGAACCAUCCGAAUUCCCGGCCAUCUUCCCAGCAAGGUCCGCAAUCAGUUCGCUUUGCUUCUGUAAACCAGGAGAUCGAGCCUGCCUUCUCCAUUCACGAAAGUAACGAGCCUGCUAAUACUAUCCCCCGGAUGAAAGACGAGAUACAAUCCCUUGCAAUACAAAUACAAAAGUCCAAGCUACAGGAAGCCCGGUUGCAAAACUUCUCUUUUGAUCCCGUUUCCCUUCCCCCCUCAAGAGUUCCCUCUAAAGAAUCCGGCAGUAUUAGGAGCUCUCGGGAUCCUAAUAGAUCUAACCCGACGUCCCCUCCUAUAUCUGGGGCUCAGUCCCCGUUACUUACCCCUACCGGCUCUGGAAGCCGUGAAGGCAAGCGGGGAGAUCACGUUUACUAUAGAGAUGGGAUCGGAGUGUCGGAACAGUCCGAAAUCACUCCACAGACAUCUCUAUCAAAUGACGCGUCGGGGAAAGGAUACGAUUCUGCCGGGGCUGGAUCCCGCCCUUCGACCUCUUCAGAACUUUCCUCGACCAAGAAUCCAGACAUUACCGCCGCAGAUAGCGGGAGACAACCUCGUGCCCCCAGAUCGCAAUUUUACCUAGCCCGGUCUUACGAAACUGACUCUCGCGAUCCAAGCCCGGCGGCACCCCAGAAACAUGAACCAAGCUGGAGUACACCCGCUUCAGGGGCCACUACUCCAGCCGGAGAUCAAAAUGACCCUUACUCUCGAACCCGUAGACCACCCCAACCUAAGAGUCUUUCCCAGAUUGAUCCGCGAUUUGUUUUUGCUAGUGUAGAUGCCAAGCGCCGGGGGAACCAGUCGCGAUCUCCCGGCCCCAUACCUCGAUCAGCCAGUGGGGGUGAUCUGAAGGGCUAUGAAAAACGAGGCGUUUUUUUCACUGGAAGAAAGGACAGCCGUUUGGGUGAUUCGAGCGGGUUACACGAAGGCAAAAGUUCCGGGUCAAUGUCGGAACUGAAGCGCUUUUUCCGGAUGGGCAAUAAACCCAAACGUAGUGGUUCGCCUGCGUCUGCCUUUUCGAGAAAGGAGUCCGCAAAACCAAAACAUCCUCAGUUCCAGCCAGCGAGUGUAUCUGUACCUUUUGCGGAUGAUCAUGGCCUCCAGUCCAAAUAUGGAAAGUUAGGCAGAGUUUUAGGGUCCGGCGCAGGUGGCUCAGUUCGGUUGCUGAAACGUAAUUCGGAUGGUGUCACGUUUGCUGUUAAACAAUUCCGAGAUCGCCAUUCGUGGGAGAGUGAAAAGGAUUACUCAAAAAAGGUGACAGCGGAGUUUUGCAUCGGAUCAACAUUGCACCAUGGCAAUAUAAUUGAGACCAUGGAUAUCAUCAACGAGGGCGGACGGUGGUAUGAAGUCAUGGAGUUCGCUCCAUACGACCUUUUUGCGAUUGUCAUGACAGGAAAAAUGACGAAGGAAGAAAUUGCGUGCUCAUUUUUACAGAUUCUCAAUGGCGUUACUUAUUUGCAUGGGAUGGGUCUCGCACAUCGGGACUUGAAAUUAGACAAUGUUGUUGUCAACGACCAAGGGAUCAUGAAACUGAUUGAUUUUGGGAGUGCUGUUGUUUUCAGAUACCCAUUCGAGAGCGACAUUGUGCUCGCAACUGGAGUUGUCGGCUCCGAUCCGUACCUCGCACCUGAAGUUUACGAUGAGAAGCGUUACGAUCCGCGACCUACAGAUUUAUGGUCAUUAGCGAUAAUUUUCUGUUGCAUGUCGCUACGUCGAUUCCCGUGGAAACAACCCCGCAUGACCGACAAUUCCUUCAAGUUAUUUGCCUCACCCCCAAACCAUCAGCAUUCUGAAUCCGAGUCGAGAACCCUUCUAAAAGCCCGCCCAAGGUCAACACCUGAUCUCCCCAGCGUCGUUGGUGCAGCCAACAAACAACCCCCCUUUGAGGAUGAAAGAAGUGAUGGUGCCCGUUCCUCGAGUCACCAUCGCCAUCACUCUCGGUCGGCGUCGAGAUCCCGGUUACCACUGAGUGUUGAAAACGCGGCCAACACGAGUCCCAAGGAUGGUGAAAAUGAACCGAAAAAUGAGACUGUUUCAUCUCAAUCAUCUUCCCAAGUGGUCCAGACGGGCCAGCGUCAAGAGGUUAUCAAGGGCCCAUGGCGCCUUCUACGUAUUUUGCCCCGGGAAACGCGACCCUUGAUCGCCCACAUGCUUAAACUUAACCCUCGAGAGCGCGCAACGCUAGAGGAUGUUCUAGCAGACUCGUGGGUUCGAAGUUGUCAAGUUUGCUAUCAAAAAGAAAACGGCACUGUGGUUCACGCAGCCAAUCAUACGCAUGUCUUGGAGCCACCGUCAUCGGCUCAGCCUCCAGCAAACAGCAACAAAAAAGACAAGCCCUAG